AAUAAGUCUUGGAGCUUCUUGGCACUUCUAAUUUCUUUUAUUCCUUCUAAAAUGAAAUGUUGAUCAAAGAUAAAGGAUAAAUCAUAACAAACUAACAACCUCCUCCGAGAUUCACGCCUUCCUCCCUCUCAAAUAUCCAUUUCAUUUCACUCUUUCCCGCGCACCACUCUCUUCCCUUAACAAACCUCACCGUUGAAAUGCGAUUCCCUUCCCCUCUAACGGUGGUUUCCACUCUAGCGGUGGUUUCCACCGUCUCUUCACUAGCCACCGCCGCCGCGUUGCUCCAUUCCCUCCUUCAUAACUACCUCCCACACGAACUCUACCACUACCUCCGCUCCAAGCUUUCUCAAUUCACAACCUCACUCUCCAACGAACUCACCACCAUAGUGAUCGACGAAUACGAUCACGAAAACCUAGCCUACAACAGACUCUUCCAAGCCGCUGAGCUUUACCUCCAUCCCGACAUCGCUCAACACCCUAAGCGAUUCAAAGCCGUACUGCGACCUAAGGAGAAGAACAUCUCCGUCGUAAUCCAUCGCAACGACGAAAUCAUCCACAGGUUCAUACGCGUUGAUUUCAAGUGGAGAUUAAUCGAACAAGCGAUUCCGCCAACGUACGUUAAAACACCUGGUACAAGCGACGAACAUCACGUGAAAUCGAGUGUUCGUCGCUUCGAGGUAAGGUUUAACAAGAAACACAGAGACAUGGCUUUAUCCAGGUAUUUUCCAUUUUUAAUGGAAAACGCGGAAGAAAUUCAAGAAGAACGGAUGACGCUGAAGCUUUUCACUCUCUCGAACGAAAGAGUGUUGAAAAGAUUCGGAAAUGCGUGGCAAUCUGUGGCUCUGGAUCAUCCUGCUUCAUUUGAGACAUUAGCGAUGGAUAAUGAAUUUAGGAAUAUGAUUCUUGAUGACUUGGAUAUGUUUCGGGCGGGUAAGGAGUUGUAUAAGAGGGUUGGUAAACCUUGGAAAAGAGGCUAUUUGUUGUAUGGUCCACCAGGUUGUGGAAAAUCAAGUUUGAUUGCUGCUAUGGCUAGUUACCUCAUUUUUGAUGUUUAUGAUUUGCAAUUAAGUGAUGUUCAGCAGGAUAAUGAGCUUAGGAGUUUGUUGAUGUCGAUUGGGAAUCGUUCUAUUCUUGUUGUUGAGGAUAUUGAUUGUACCGUUGAGCUUCAUAAUCGCCGUGCAUCUAGAGUCCCUCCUUGGCUUGCUGAUAAGCCUCCGGUGACUUUAUCAGGAUUCCUCAAUUUCAUUGAUGGUUUAUGGUCUAGCUGUGGGGAAGCGAGGGUUAUCGUGUUCACUACAAAUCACAUAGACAAGUUGGACCCUGCUAUUCUGCGGCCAGGGCGCAUGGAUGUACACAUAUCUUUGUCUUACUGCAAUCCAUCUGUGUUCAGAGAGCUGGCUUCGAACUACCUUGAAAUGAAAGAGCACCCACUCUUUGUUGAGGUUGACAAGUUGCUUGAGAAGGCGAAGAUCACUCCUGCAGAGGUGGGUGAGCAUUUUUUACAGAAUGAAGACCCUGAAGUUGCAAUAAGAAGCCUGGUUGAGCUCCUUGAAAAGAUGGGACGAAAUCAUUGUGAAAAUGAAGUUAUCAAAGAAGAUGUCACCACUUAUUCAUUUAAAACCUGCAAUGGUUUUGAAACUUAAGGUUGACAAGGGAAAAUUAGUAGUACAACUAGAGUUGCAAGAUUGAUAUGUGUUGAGAUGGGGCAAAAAAGGAAGAAGCGUGACUGUGGUCUUCUUUGAUUUUGAAUGUUGGUAACAAAUUUUCAUUUUCUUACAAAACUUUUGAAAAGAUUUAUAGCAAGUGCGUUAGUAAUUGAGAGUAACUGAGUUUCAACUCUCAAAGUAGUGUGGCUCAGUAGACGCAUAGCGAAGUCUCGUGUCGUCAUGAGAGUUUGAUACUUUACCCGUGAAUAUGAAAGAAUACUUGUUGAAACUAGUAACAAACCCGUGCGUCCGCACGGGUUCUGGAACGGUACGUGCAUUUGUUUCAGAUAUACUUUUAAUAGAAAAAUAUCUUGUUAUCCGUAAAAAGUAAAUAAUUGAAUGUAUAAUUAAUAAAAAAAAUUUUGAUUAGUAACUUCAUGUCCCGUUAAUAAUUAAUAUUUUGAUCAAUAAUUCCAUGUCCUGUUAAUAAUCAAUAUAAUAAGAAUGUAAAA